AUGCCGCACCGCGGCAAUGACGACGAUCUCGCCGCGCCGCUGCUUCCCAACGCGCCGUCCUCUCCGCCCGCCGCGUCUCACGCGAUCGCCGCGCUGCCCGCUGCGGCGGGGCGCAGCGCCGCGUCGCCGUCGGCGGAGCACAUCACCGUUGCCGUCGUGCCGCCGCGCGCCGUCUACUCCACGCCCUUCGUGCAGGCCGGCGUCGCGGGUGUCGCCGGCGGCGUCGUCGGCGUCGCGGGCGUCGCAGGCGCGCCCGCUCUCCCUUCGGCGCUGAUCGCCGCAGCCAGGGGGGAUCAUAGCGGCUCUGGCUUGGGGCUGGCGGCGCUGGCGGAAUCGGCUGCAGGGGGAGGGGGAGGGGGAGGCGGAGAGGGACAAAUUGCGCAAGUCGUAGGGGUCUCAAGUGUGGAUGCCGGCGAGAAUGGCGGAUCCGGAGCGGGCGUGGGGAGUGCAGCGGCGGGAGGCAGGGAGGGGGAGAUUGCCGAGGGCGAAUCAGGAACGCCGAAAGGCCCUGUGCGAAAAAAACUCUGGCGAAUCGCGGACGACGACAGCGACAGCGACGGCGAGCAUGGCAACGUGGGCGACGCGACCCCAGCGAGUGCGGGGAAAGAAGCGGAUGGGGCGAUUUCCGAGGGCGGGCAUUAUGCGGGUAGCAGCCGCGGCAGCAGCAGCCAGGGGUGCGCGAGCACGGAAGGGCGCGCCGUGCGGGGCGCGGGUGGUGGGGGGUUGGGCGGCGAGCAGAGGGAAGCGGGUGGGGAGGGCAGUAGGCGGGCAACGGGCGAGGUGGGGGGAAUGGGAGGGGUGGGGGGAAUGGGAGGGGUGGGGGAGUUAGGGGGGGUGGGGGAGAGCAGCAGUGCGCGGGAGCGACGGUGGCAGGCGUUGCUGCGGUCGACAUCGUCGUACCACUAUGGCCGGCAGCACAGCACCGCACUCAGCACUGACUCAUCGCACUCCACCGCUCUGGCUUUGGACGACACGAGGUUCCACAGCAUGAGGGGGGAAAGCGAGUGGACCGAGGGGGGCGCAGAAGGGGCGAGAGGGAGCGCGGGUGGGGAGGAGGCGAGAGGCGCAGUGGGCAGCAUCGUGGGCUGGUUGCAUGCUGUUUGGCAUGGCAUUGUCACCAUAUUCCACCUCUUCCUCGCGUCGCUCCUCCGCCUGCCUGCCUGCACCGCCGCCUUACUCACCCGCCAGCUGGACGACGCGAGGGCGAACCCCAAGCUGGUGCUGCUGGCGCUCAAGGGCGGCGGGGCGGCGGCGCUCACGGCGGCGCUGUGCGUGGUGGACGUGGACGGCCGCUUGCCAUCGCUCGCCUCCAUCGGCGUGUGGGCUGUUGUCACCGUCGACCUCGUCUUUGAAGCCAACAUCGGCCUCUCCCUCGGCAAGGGUGUGAACCGAGUGCUGGGCACGCUACUGGCAGGGGCAGCAGCGCUGGCGGUGACGCACGUGGUGUCGCUCAUGGGGGGGCUGCACGUGGCCGUGCUGCUGCUGCUCGUCUUCCUCAGCGCCGCCCUCCCCAUCUACUACCGCAACCGGCCCCCCUUCAAAGACAGGUGUUUCUUGGGUGGGUUGGAGGGGGAUUGGGAGGGGUGGGAAGGAGAAGAAAGGGGUGUGAAGGGGGGCUGGCCUGGCAGGCUGGUAGGGAAGAAAGGGGGAGGUGGGUGGAGCCCACAGCCGGUGCGCGUGGCGGUGCUUUGUGCCCGUGUGGACCACCUGGGCGGGCAGUACCUCUGCGUUGCGUUCUGUGGAGGUCCGCACGUGUGUGCGUGUCACGCCAUUCCCCUCUCCCAUGUGCACACACGCACCUCACCUUCCACACCCUCCUCGUCCCUGCCUACUCACACCUUCACCUCCAUGCAUACUCACACACUACUCUUCCCUCCCACCCCUUCCACCCCUCCCACCCGUCCCUCCCCUUUCUCUUCUCCUCACCGCGCCCGCUCUCUCAUGCCCUGUCAUUUCUCGAACCCCCGCUGUAUCUGCCUCCCCAACGCCCUCUCCCUCCCGCCCUUCUGCCGAUCCGUCAGCCCCACUCCCGCUGCUCCGCCCCUGCACCAGUGCAUCCCUGCCAUGCCUUACCCCCCGCCUCAGCUGCUCCGCCUCUCAUAUGCACUCCACUCGCCCCGUCCAUCUCCUCUUAGCUUCCCCGCUACCCCAUCCGUCUCCCUUACUACCACCCCAUUCACUCCCCCCCCUCUCUCCCCCUUUCCCACCCCCACUCCUCUUUCCAUCCCACACAGGUGGACGUACGCGAUGACGAUAAUGAUGCUCACCUUCCACAUCCUGCUGCUCUCCACGUACCGCAACCCCGAGAAGCUGCUCCUGCCGCUCGCGCGCUUCUCCAUGAUUCUGCUGGGCUUCCUCAUCGCGGCGCUCAUCAACCUCGCUCUCUUCCCCGCCUACGCCGGGGACACGCUGCACGCACUGCUCUCCAAAAACUUCGAAUCCGCCGCCACUCUGCUCUCCUGGUGUGUGGAGGAGUACGAGCGCGGCACGGUGUGGCGGCACGUGCCCACGCUGUGGAGCAUGCGCACAGGGGUGGCGGGCGGGACGGGCGCGCAAGGAGGCGUGGGGGACGGCAGUGGGGGGGACAAGCUGCGCGAGAUGUACCAUGCCAUAGUCAUGAGCGAUGCUGAGGUCGACAAACACCUGGCAGCACUCCUCUUCGAGCCGCCGCAUGGGCGCUUCUUCGCGGGCUAUCCAUGGCAGCUCUACGAUGGCGUCAGCGAUACCCUGCGCUGCCUGGUGUAUGACGUCAUCGCGCUGGACUCCAGUCUGCGGGCGGAGAUCCAGGCGCCGCUGGUGCUGCGACGGCUGGUGGGGCGCGAGAUGACUGCCAUCGCCCACGAGUGCAGCAGCACGCUGGCCUACCUGGCACAGUCCGUGCGCUCCUUCUCGUGGGCGGGGCCGCCCGACUCGCUGUUCCGUGCGGAGGAAGCUGCCAUGAAGCUGCAGCACCGGCUGUCGAAGCACAUCAGCCUCAUCCUCAUGCUGCCGCCGCCCUCCCUCGCCCACCGCCCCUUUGCGCUCUCCCGCCUCUCCGAGGCCGGAGGGGGGAGCGUUGGGGGGGGUGGGGGCGCUGGGGGGGACGAGGUCGCGUUUGACAGACUGGUGGUGCAUGGGGGGGACGAGGGGGGCGAGGGGGGCGAGGAUGGGGGAUGGGCGGAGGAUGGGGAGGCGGUGGUGAAGAGCUGCAUUGAUAUGGGUGGGGAGGAGGUGGGCAAUGGCGAGGGAGAGGAGGGGAAACGGCAGAAAGGGGUGGUGGAAUCCGCUUCGCCCAGAGCACAGAGGCUGUCCCGCCCAGGCAGUCCCCUCUGCCUCUCCCCCCGCCACCCGCACGGCCUCUCGCCCUCCCCCACCACCGCCGCACCUGACCCGCAUGCACCACCACUCACCACAGCGGCGGCAGCAGCGGUGGGAAUGAUGGGCGCACUGACGCCGUCAGAAAUGUCUCUCGCGGAGGGGCUGGCCGGCUAUGCUGCCACAUGGGGACCGGCUGGUGCCGGAGGCUCGGGCGACGCAGGAGGAUCGGCGGGCGGCACGGGCGGUGUGGGCGGCACGGGGAGUGUGGGCGGCAUGGGGAGUGUGGGCGGCACGGGGAGUGUGGGCGGCACUGGGAGUGUGGGCGGCACGGGGAGUGUGGGCGGCAUGGGGCGGAAGAAGCCGUCGGUGGCGGAGUGGCGGCAGGAGCUGCUGCAGCGGCAGGCGUCGAUGGGCGGCGCGUGGGACCGCACGGUGGAGCGCAUCGCAGCGCUGUCGCUUGUCAAGGUGGCGGCGCUGCUGCUGGAGGUCGUGGCCAAGCUGCACUUCGUGGUGCAGCGAUCCGAGGAGCUUGCACUCGCUGCUCGCUUCGAUGUCAUGGGUCCUUAG